AUGGAGUUCCUCGCCUUCGACGGCCCUCCCCGGCGGUAUUACUGCGGGGAUGCGGCCACCAGUCGACGGGUUUGGCCGCUGCUCGUCACCCGCCGACUGCCGGCGGCCCGUCCGUUCUGCCGGUGGGCGGCACGCGGGGGGGCGGCGGUGCACUGCGGCCUGCGGCUGCGGCUCCACGCCGGGCGGGGGUGUUGUCUCGCCGCCACCCGCGAGAUUCCCGCCGGCCGCCCGCUCGCGUCGAUCCCCACACGACUCGCCCCCACCGCCUGCAACGCCGCGGACACGCGAGAGACACUCGCCGCCGUCCUCGCACGGGAGCUCCACAACCCACACAGUCCACAUCGGCCAUACCUGGAGUUUCUGCAUGAUAUCUAUAAUACAGAUAUAUAUGACCGGCAUAGCUCAUUGCAGGAAGAGUUAGAUACGCUUUACAUGGGGAAUGCUAUGAGUGCGAAAGGGGUAGAAAAUGCACCAUUUAUUACAAAAAAUACCCUCGUGACUCCCUCACAACGAGUUGAGUGGAUUCGUCUACAUUCUAUGUUAAGGCAAAUAGAACAGAGUUUACCACAUUUUGCCUCCAAAUCUGCUUCAUGGGGAAUGUCCAUGACUCUUUCUCGGUCUAUUUAUGAUGAUAAUGGAGGUCUAAAUUUAUACCCUAUUAUUGAUUUUUCUCUUCAUAGUUUUGAACCAAACUCAGUGAUUCGAAUAACUAACCCAAGAAAUGUUCAAGAUAAAGGGAUUGGCUUAAAAUGGCACGAUUCCAAGCAACCGUGUGUUCAUCUCUUUUCAACGCGUACUAUAUCGGCAGGUGAACCUAUAACUAUUCUUUAUAGUCCACGUCGUGUGAAAACAACAGAGGAUGCUGAAUAUUGGAAACUAAGGUGGGGUUAUGUACCUAACUGA